GACAUGAGCUCGGACUGCGAAAGUUACUACACGCGGGAAAACGUGCUGGUGGGCGGCUUCACGUGCCCCAAGUCGGACAGCGAUUCCACGGCGCUGUUCUGCUGCGGCUUCAGCGACCUGAAGUACUGCUGCGACGACCCCAACAGCUUCUUCCCCUACAAGUAUGGAUACAUGUGGUGGCUGAGCCUCGGAGCUCUGGUGGGCCUCUCUGUGGCCGCCGUGGUUCUUCUGGCCUUCAUCAUCACGCUGUGUGUCCUCUGCUAUCUGUUCAUCACCACCAAGCCCAGAGGCCUGGACAAUGGCCUGUCCCUCCAAGCGCCAGGUCCAAUGUCUAGUCCACAGGAACCCGGGUCGAGUCACAACAGCGUCCCCUCGGGUCCUCAGGGCUUCAGGAAGCACUUCCUGCGGGGCAGCAAGCUGGACUGCGACAACCAGCCCCCCGAACCCGACCGCCUGUUCCAGCGCUGCUUCAUGGCGACCGUGACCUCCAUCAACGUCGAGGGUCAAGCGUAG